CCCCGCCUCAGCCCCCAGCCCGGGCGGGCUAUAAGAGGCGGUGGCGGCGGAGCGGGGGCCGCCCAUGCUGGUGGCGGGAGGCAGGGGCGGCAGCAGCGGGUCACCUCAGCCCGCCGCCGCCAUGAAGUCGCCUCAGGCCCAGCGGGCGGCGGGUCGAGCGCUGGGGGAGGACGACGAGGAGGAGGAGGAGGAGGAGGACGGCGGGGGCCUGGCCGAGGCGCUGGGGGAGUUCGACGCGGUGCUGGCGGAGUUCUCCUGCCCCGCCGGCCGGCGCCGCUUCCACUACGGCGAGCACCUGGAGCGCAUGAAGCGGCGGAGCAGCGCCAGCGUCAGCGACGGCAGCGGCCUCAGCGACUCGGAGAGUGCAGAUUCACUCUACAGAAACAGUUUCAGCCUCAGUGAUGAAAAGCUUAACUCUCCAACUGCAUCUACUCCGAGCUUGCCAUCCCCAUCAGUAACUCCAUGUAAAGCAAAGCUUGGAGACACAAAAGAACUGGAAGACUUCAUCGCUGAUCUUGACAGGACACUAGCAAGUAUGUGAAAUGAAUCUUCGGCAUUGUGCUUGCCUAUGAAUGUCUUCUGAAGGAUAAGUGACAUCAAUCACUGAGAACUGCUGCCCUUGUCUGAUAACUUUGCUACCCAAGAUACUCGCCUUCUGAACAUAACCUUUGUAAACUCCUACAAGUAUUUAACUGGCAACAUCAGUUUUGUUACUUUGCAGCAGAUGGAAUAAGAUAACUUCACUGUUAUAGCUGUAUUUUGCUUUAAAAUAUAGCUUGAAUUUUAAUUUAAAGUUGCUUUUAUGAAAAUAUAUUUGUAAUUUUAUAUAGUUGAGAACUUUUAAUGCUUUUUUCCAUUAUAAUAUAUUUUUGUAUGCAAAUAAACCCUGAACUGGAAUCCAGAUGUCUGAAAGCUUCAUAUGAACAUGCGAACUCUGAAACAUAAGUACAAAUUAAGCUCUUACUGAAAGCAUCAAGCUUUAAAAUAUCUGAUAAGGGUGUAUUUCCUGUUAGGCAAAAUGUGUUAGUGCUGGCUUCAUGUGGAACUUCACAUUUUUCUUUUCAAAUUGCUUAAAUAAGAGAAUUUUGUACUGUGUAAAAUUAAUACAAUCGGGAAAAUAAUAAAAUUCGUCAAACCGUUA